CUCGUCGGCGCGACCAAGGGCGCCAUCGACGCGCUCUACGAGGGCCGCGACUUCGCGCGCUUCUACGUGCUCGAGACGCUCGCGCGCGUGCCGUAUUUCGCCUAUCUGUCGGUGAUGCACCUGCGCGAGACCUUCGGCGAUCGCAGACCGGGCGACUCGGAGCGCAUGCGGACGCACUACGCCGAGGCGGACAACGAGCUGCACCACCUGCUGAUCAUGGAGUCGCUGGGCGGCAACUCGUCGGCCGUGGACCGGACCCUGGCGCAGAGCAUGGCGUUCUUCUACUUCUGGUACGUGACGGUCGUCUACUCGUUCUCGGAGCCCGCGGCGUACCACCUGUCCGAGCUCAUCGAGGACCACGCGUUCAACACAUACGACGACUUCAUCAAGGACCACGGGCCCAAGCUCAAGGGGAUGCCCGUGCCCGACAUCGCGCGCAAGUACUACGAGCGCGACGACCCCUACCUCCGCGACCAGUUCUUGACGGUCAAGGAGACCGACGGCGGAUUCACGUCGCGAUCGCGGCCGCCGCUCGAGUCGCUCUACGACGUCUUCGUCAACAUCCGCGACGACGAGAAGGAGCACUGGAAGACGCUC